CCACAGCGAAGGCAGCUUGGCCUCAGGUGAGCAGUCUCAGAAAUUUUUCAAACUGGAAUAAUUUUAAGAGAUUACUAAGACGAAAAAUCAUGAACACCAAAGAUUUUGUAGUUCUUCCUUGGGGAAAACCUGGACAUUCUGUAAAACUAAAAUAUAAACAUGCUCAAGAACUGCGGAUGGAGAAAGUACAAUUAGAAUUGGAGAACCAAGAGAUGGAAAAAAAACUACAAGAAUUCCAAACAACAUGGAAUAAAGAGAAAGAAGAAAUAAAGUCAAAUGGAUAUCACUGGAAAUCUGGAAAAGUCGGCAAAUUGGGUAAUCAAUCACACACAAUGUCACAAAAUAAAGGAAAUGCUAUUAAGAUUUCCUCUGGAAAAGUGAAACUGAAAUUACUAAAGCAACAGAUUCAAGAGCCAGUAAAACAAGCAGUUAAUCAUACAAUGGCAAAUUCUAGAGAAAACGAAAAACCUAAGAUCAAAGGGAAGGUUUGUGGACAGUGUGAGAAGAAUGCAGCUUUCCUAGUAUGCCUGGAAUGUGGGGAAGAUUAUUGUUCUGGAUGCUUUGCUAAAAUCCACCACAAGGGGGCGCUGAGGCUCCACAGAACAACGCUCUUUCAGGCAAAAUCUCAAAUAAUAUCGAAUGUAUUAGAUGUUGCUCAUCGAUUCAUAAAAGAAGUAAAUCCAGAUGAAUCCAAGGGAGGGAAUAAUUCAACAAAAGAAUCCAAUAAAAGCCAACAUAAACCCAAGUCUCUACUACUACAGGGGAGAAACUCUGAGGUAAGAAUUACAACAAAAACUGAUGAAUGCUCAAAUCCAGGAGUUGGGCUCCUAUGUGAAGAGCCGUUGGUUGAAGAAGCUUCUGCCCACUCACCUCAGGAAGCUGUGACUCAGUGCAGAGCUGGAACUCAGGAGGACAGCAAGGAACAAAGCCUGCACUCAGCCAAACCAGACUCCCUGGAAGAAUGUGAAGUGCAGACUAAUCUGAAAAUUUGGACAGAGCCAAUUAAUAUUGAAUUUACAGAAGAUGGUCUUUCCUAUAUGGAUAAAUUAUGGCUUAAAAAACACAGGAAGACUCUAAAGGAGCAACCAGAUAUGUUCCUACACCCACCUGCAACUACAGCAUCUACUGGUGAGGUCCAAACCUCACAGAAUGAAAAUGGGGAUGAAAGUGAUGUUGAGGAGAUCAAUGUGAAAUAUCCACCUCUCUUUAUGCCUGUGGAAGAAUUAGAUAUAGUGAGACCUGAACCAUCUUUAACAAUAGUACAAUUGGAUGAUACUUAUGAAGAAGAAUAUGAAGAAAAAGGAAACAUUGUACCUUAUAAGGUUGAAUUACCUGAGAGUCAACUAAGUAUUACAUUUCCUAACUAUCAGAAGAAUUGCUUUUUAUGUGAAAGUGACAUGUGCCUGCAUCGUGUUUUCAACAAGGGAAGACUGAACCUCUCACAUCUGUGUCUGAGAAGCAGCCCUACAUGUUAUAAUGAUGACUUAAAAGCAGAAGCUUCAAAUACAGAUUGUGACAACUUUGUGGAUUCUAAUAUUGAUUCUCCUGACACUGAAAAAAUAGGGGAAAACAGUUCUUCUGAAGGAAAUUUAGAAGAGAAAAACAUAAAUCCAGAAAACAUCAGAAAGACUGAUGAUUCCUGCAUAUCACUUGGGAGCAAGGAUUUCUUGCCAACUACAAAUUUAGAUACAAUUUUCAUUAAGGAAAUAUUUUCUGAAAGAAAACAAGAAUCCUUGGAAUUUACCAAUCUGCCCAAGAAGCCAUGUUCUAAAGACUCUAAGAAUACAAAGUCAUCACUGUUGUUACAAGAAAUAGCCCGCAGAAAUAAACCUGCAAAUGAGCAAUAUCAAGGACUUGAGUGGUUCUUUACUUUUAAUCAAAAUGAAAAACUGAACUUAGUUCCUUCACAAAGUUUACAAUCUAGCUGUUCCUCUUCAAAGAUGACAUUAGCAGGCCAGAAAGCACAGAGACCUACAACUGCAAACUUACCACUUUCCAACUCUGUUAAAAAAGUCUCCAGUUGCCUUCCAUCUCCUCAUGGACGAUCAAGAAGUGUGGCUGCUCAAAUUUUGUCUAGAGCUGCCUCUGAGAUUUCAGAAAUUGAAUACAUUGAUGGUACUGACCUGCAUGGGGCUUCCUUAGACCACACGGCUGACCAACAAACUUUGGACACUUUGGAGAAAGAAUUAAGUGUCAUGAGAAAUCUUACUGGUUCUUCAGAAAAACUUUCCAGUCUCAGUACAGAGGAGUUAUUAGCCUUCAAACACAACUGGCUGAGUAUGAGUGAGAUUUUUUCAGACUUCCCUAUUACUUCAGAUAUAAGGAGUCCAUGUGGAACUGAGGAAUUAAGCUCUUCUGGAAAAGAUACCGGAAUACAUUCUUUGUUGACACUUUCUGAUUACAGUACAGAUGAGGAUGAGGAAAAUUUUCUUGACAAGCAACAAGUUAUGACACUACCAUGGUCAAAGAGUAGUUAA